CUCGAACGAACUUCUCCUGGUGAAGUUUGUCUCCUGCUCUCGAUCAAGUCGGUCGUGCAUCCUCCGUGUCGUCGUGUCGUGUGCUGCGGAGUACGUUACAAUCAUUUCCGCUCCCUAUCAAUCCCGGUCGGGUGAUCGUGUGUGUAUGUGUUUGUGUGGUGACUGCGAGGCAGUUGAAAACUCAACCUAGGCAAUGGUCCUAGUUGAGGUUGAAGAGGAGCAGGGCCUAACGCUCCUCUUAUCGGUGGUGUUUGCAUGAUACUUGCAACAAUAUCUGGAUGUGAAAAGUUUCAAAAAUUCCAAUCGCGCGACAGAGUGCCAGUGUGUGGUGCAAUUGACAUCGAACCAGUGCAAUCACCAACUCUCCUAAGGGAAGAAAGGAUUACGAAACGUCGGAACCGUUUUGUCCCCCCAUUUUCGUAGCGCCGGGGCUUCUUCUUAGUGACAUUACGUGCAGCAGCAGCAGCAGGUAAACCGAAAAUAACAUGGUAUGCGCCAAGGACGACGAAGCGCUCUGCACCAUCAGAGACGUCCGACCAGACGCAGUACAGAAACGCUUUUCCAUAACGGUCCGUCCGCACUAUACCGUCGCCACGCUGUACGAGGAUGUGCGGCUGCAGACGGCAUUCAGUGACUUCGAGCUACAUCUAAUCGGUACCGAGUCGGACGUACAGAUUCCUCUACACGAACGGCAACAGGAGAAGUUAGCGGAUGUUGGUAUAAAGUUUGGUAUCGUGAACAACUUUACCAUUGUUCCGCGGAUGUCAUUGUUGAUGCCCGCGGAGGAUAUGUCAUCCGAUGACGAUCUAGCGCUAGGUGCAUCGGCAAGCCCGGUAGAGUCCGGUAACUACAAUAUCCCAGAGGCGACGGCAAUUCCACCACCGAUCCUGCGGCGGUUCAACAACGACAUCGAAAUACACAACACCGCGAAGAGCAACAGCUUACCGGCGAUCGCAGCGCCACCGAUCAACAGCAUGAGCGGGGGCAGCAUCAUCAGCAACGGCUUCCACCAUGGCGAUGGUGGUGGUGGUGGUGGGGGCGGCGAGGGAGGCGGAGGAGGGCUAGGGAGCAGGGGCCGAAGGUUUGGGGGCGAUGGGGGCGAGACCGAAAAGGCGCCCCACUUCCGGGGGCUGGUGAAUCAGGCGAUGACCUGCUAUCUGAACAGCUUGCUGCAGGGCCUGUACAUGACGCCCGAGUUCCGGAACGCGCUGUACAACUGGGAGUUUGACGGGGAGGACGAGGCCAAGUCCAUACCGUACCAGCUGCAGAAGCUGUUCGUGAACCUGCAAACGUCGCCCAAGUCGGCGGUCGAGACGACGGAUCUGACGCGCAGCUUCGGGUGGGAUUCGGCCGAGGGCUGGCAGCAGCACGACAUCCAGGAGCUGUGCCGCGUCAUGUUCGACGCGCUCGAGCACAAGUUCAAGCGCACCGAGGAGGCGGACCUGAUCAACCGGCUGUACCAGGGGCACAUGAUCGACUACGUCCGGUGCCUGGAGUGCAACACGGAGAAGCAGCGGGAGGACAAGUUCCUGGACAUACCGCUGCCGGUCCGCCCGUUCGGCAGUACCGUCGCGAACGAGUGCGUCGAGGACGCGCUGCAGGGCUUCGUCAAGCCGGAGAUACUGAACGAAAGCAACCAGUACUUCUGCGACACGUGCAACAAGAAGUGCGACGCGCACAAGGGGCUCAAGUUCACCAAGUUCCCGUACAUCCUGACGCUGCACCUGAAGCGGUUCGAUUUCGACUACCAAUCGUUUCACCGCAUCAAGCUGAACGACAAAGUAACUUUCCCGGAGCUGUUGAACCUGAAUCACUUCGUCAGCUCGACGCCUACGCUCACGACGAGCACGAUUGCGGCGGCGGCUGCGGCCGCUGCUGCCGCUGCAUCCACCACUAACGGUACCGCCAACGGCAACGGGCCGAUGAUGAUGGAGACGGCCGAAAACUUUAUGAAAUCGGACGAAUGCAGCACGACGGACAGUGGGUCGGCGCUGGAGGAGGAUUCGUUCCAGAACGGUGGCACUUCCGUUUCAUCGACGACAACCACCCCGAACGAUCAGUUUAUGGCACAGGAUGACGAUGAAGGCAUUGAUAUGGAUUUGACGACCAACGGUGACAGCAAGUCGUCCCCGGUUAACAACAGCUUCAACGCACCUGGUCCGUACAAAUACGAGCUGUUCGCCAUCAUGAUCCAUGCGGGCAGUGCGUCCGGUGGGCAUUACUACGCGUACAUCAAGGACUUCAAGAGUGGCCGCUGGUUCUCGUUCAACGAUCAAACUGUUCUACCGAUCACGCAAGAGGACAUCCACAAAUCGUACGGCGGUGGGUCAUACAAAACGUCCUACACGGGGGCAUACACAUCGAGCACGAACGCCUACAUGCUGAUGUACCGUCAGAUCGACAGCGAGAAGAACGCACUCCCCAUCUCGGAGGAACAGUUUCCGGAUCACAUUAAGCGCUUGGUAAUGAAAAUACGCGCCAAUGAGGGCAACCACAGCCGCGAUCAUCUGGACAUGACGCGGCUCACGGUAGCGUACGAAAAUCCGCGAACGCGCACCAUCAAGGGCCACAAGAUGGCAGUGUUUACCAGCUCGACGCUGGCCGAGACGGUGCAGGAAGCGGUUCGCGUGCUGCACCUGAAGGGCACGGUGCCGGUGGAACGGUGCCGGCUGGUCGGCUACGACUGCAACGCGCGCACGAUCGAGCGUAGCUUCGAGGGGCACGAGGAAAAGACGAUCGACGAGGUAAUGCGCAUGCUGAAGCGCUGCGACUCGCUGCUGCUGGAGGUGCGCGAGGAAGGCGAAACGUUCGAGGAGUACCAGGUGCAGGGCGUCAUGACGAAGGUGUACAAAGUGGACGUGAACGGUCGGGACGUCGAGGGGCCGGUAUCGAUACGCGCCAACCUGUCGCAAACGGUCGCCCAGUACCGGGCGAUCAUUGCGCGCAAGCUGAAGCUGAACCCGAAAGCGAUACUGGUCGGCAUGACCGUGCACAAGGAGAGCGCGAAGCUGCUGCAGACGGACGACGCCACGCUCGAGGACGAACACUUCAUCGAGUACUGCAAGGUGUUCGUGACGGUGGCUCCGACGGCCGGAGACGACCGCGAACAGUACGGUGCCCGCUUCCGCCACUUCAUUCAGCGGCUGGACCAUCUGGUAUCGUUCUACAUCGUGCUGCCGAACAUGGAUCCUGACACGCUCGAGAGCCUGUCCAUUCCACGCCUAUCCAAAGAGACGCUGGCCGCGAUUGCGGCGGCCGACAGCCCGAUGGCCGGUGGCACCGGAGACAGCAACAGCGAGGACAGCAGCCUGAGUGAUAACGACCGCACGCUGGUCGAGGAUGACUUUGUCCACAUCAAGCUGAACGGCGAUCUGCAUUUGACUAACGGUGGCAGCAGCGGCGCUGGUGCGAUGAGCAACGGGGCAGCGGCCAAGGGCAGCAGCAAAGUCACCGCCACCACACCGACGAGCGCCAGCAACGGUUUCAAGAGCGACGACGAGGAGGAGGACGAAGACGCGAAGCUGGCCGAAAUGCUGCAGGAAUGCCGGGCGCAGGAGUACUACUUCAAGGUGACACCGUUGAACACGGCCAGCAGCAGCAGCAAUGGUGCGAGCAAUGGCAGCUCCGCCGACGAUAGCACGCGCAGCCACAGCACGGACAGCGGCAGCCAGAAGCUCGUCCAGGUGCUGAUCGACAAGCGGUCGUGCAAUGCGUACUUGAAGUACCGGCUGCAGUCGUACCUGCAAAUCUCGAUGGACUACUUCAAAGUGUUUUCCUCCGACGCGCUCUGCCCCACGAACGACAGCGCCAACCUGCUGAAGGAGCUGGAAUACAAGGAUGACGAUCGGCUCGCGCUCGAGCUGGGCCGCGUGCUGCGCAAGGGCGAGUAUAAGCUGAACGUGAGCUACGUCAAUGUGAACCAGAUGACGGAGGAGAUGGACAACACGCCGUCCCUGUGCAGCACGAUCGUGAAGAACGGCGAUCUGGUGGGCCAGAUCAAGGCCGACAUCCUGGCCAGCCUGCCGGCGGCGCUGGGCGAGGGCGCCAAGAAGUACGCUCACCUGCACUCGAACAACUGCCGAUUGCGCCGCAAAGGCAUCAAGUAUCUGUCGACCUUGUACAAGGACGAUGAGCGCAUCGGGACCGACAUCACCCUGCCGACGAAUGCGGAUGUAUUUCUCCAAGAAGUCGAUGAUCUUGCCAGCCUCACACCAAUCGAUAUUAACGACGUGGUGCUGCUGGUGAGAAGAUGGCAUCCGUCGGAAAUGAAGCUAGGCAAAUUCCAAGAAAUCCUAUUCACUGACAAACUUGAACUGACGAAACAUCUGUCCCGAAUCAGCGGCAUCCCGGAGGAAAACAUCGAGUACGUGAAGAUACCACAGACCACGCUGCACCGGGACAGUGUGCUGAACAUUCAGAACGGUUUGCACUGGGUGUCGACGCCCCAGCACGCCGAUGACUGUCAAGUGUAUUCCGUCGGCACGCUGCUUUACUACCGCGAUAGUACGGAACAGCUGAAGGAGCUAACGCCCGAGGAGCGCAAAGAACUGACGAAGAAGGACAACCGGACCAGCUCGACGUACUCCCCGCGGAAGGAGCGUGCCCUCAAAAUCUAUCUGGACGCAUCGCCCAAGAAGGCCGACGACUGAUCAUCAUCAUCGCCGUCGGACGGUGGAGACGUUGUCGUCAGCAAGCGAAAGAAAAUCUGUCCCUAGGAGCGCCACACAGCGCAGCCUGCCCAGGAGACAGGAGAGACACACACCCUUCUCCGUUUAAUUUAUCGUUAUCGUUUGCUGUGUUUGCCGGCUGAAAGGAAAGGGAAGGGUAAAACAUAAACCCCGCCACAUGGCAGGCGCGGGAUGAUGGAACACUGGCUUGGAGAAAGAAGAUUGUGUAUUUUCUCGCCCUUUCGCUCACUCACGCUGCCGAUCAUAUGUAAGCCGAUCUCGUCGACUGCAGCGCGCAUCCCCGGUCUAUAUCGUAUUAAAGUCAGUUGUGUUUAUUUAUCUUCUAAUCUAUAAAACGGCGCGCGUCUUUGUGGCAUUGGGGUUUGUGAUGCGACACGCAAGCAGAGAAAACAACAAUUCAAAUUAGCUGUAAGAGAGUGAGAGCGCGCAGAGAACAGUGGGGCGGGACAGGCUUAUAAUUUUGUUUGCGACACACUUUCCUCCCGCCGGCUGGGGAGAGACUGCCAAGCGCGGGAGGGUGAUCAUUUAUUAUUUACCUGUAGCUUGUGUGUAUAGGGAAGUGAGUGAGUGAAUGGUGACGCACAGUGAGACCGGGAAGUCGUUACAGUCGCCGGAAGACGGUUUUUUCGUUGAUGUAGCCUUUUUUUGUUUGUUUCUUCGUAUAAAAACUAGUUUAAUGUACAAUUUGUAUCGCCCUUUUCUUUCUGGCCAGCCGUCAAUGGUCAGCAUUUUUUUGUAUUCGGUUUUUUCUUUCCUUUCUUUCCUUGUUUUAGAUUGUCCCGCCAAUGCCCAAUACUCCUACACGCACUACUAAUCCCUGUUGCGUUAAAGCGAAUGCCUUGUUCUGUUUCUUUUAUGAACAAAAGAUUAUCUUCGGUGUGUGCGUGUGUGUGUGUUUGUGUCGUGUGCGCAUGUGACCUGGAAUGAUUAUCGCUCUGGCGCGGACAAGGAGCAGAGAAGUGUGUGAAACUUUUCUCGGAACGCUUUAUGCUUUCGCGACUCCUCCGAAGGUGUGGACGGAAAGGAUGCGGAAAUGAAAUUGCGCGCGCAUACCCUAGAUAAUUGCUAAAAAGAAUAAUAUUGAAUCGUAUUAUGCUUGUGGGCGGGCCGGUUGGGCCGAGCAGAGCAGGCGAUAUGUCGUGUGAUAAGCGAAACCGGCGCGCGCGCGCGGAAGCUUAGCGGAAUGAAAGAAACACAACAAAAGAAACACACUCAGACACACAACAGCGAAAGAGCUAAUAAAAACGUAAGUAAUAAAUCUGUAUAAAAAGUA